AUGGUCUUGGCUUGCUACCUCGGUGGCCGCGAGUUGGAUUCUCUGGUACCUACGAAGAUUAGCGGCAGAGAUAAAAGGACCCAAGGAGAUCACCCCAGUAUUGACAGGAUAUAUCCGGAACCUCUCGAAAUUGGGCAUAAAUAUGGCCUGGCAUGGCCUAAAGCAAAUGAACAUAUACAAAGGAAGUACUACCUACCCUGCACCAGAACACUGGUGGACUAUGCUGCCCCCAUUCUGAUGAGGCAGACAGAGGCUCAAAAAGAAUCACUGGAGGUCAUUCAAAGCAAUGCAAUGAGACUCAUGCUAGGAGCACUCACGUGGACAAGGCUGUGCAACCUCAGGCUUGAAACUAACUUGCCAAAACUAGUGGAUAGGAUUACACAGCGAAAUGCAAACACAAUGGCCAAGAUGUUCCUCUCAGAAAGAGACUCCAUCUUGAGGAAAAGAGCCAGAGAGGGACUGGCUAAACAUCCAAAGAUUCAAAGUUCGAGUUCCUAUGGUAAGGACCAAAGUGACAACAUCAAGAGAAUAGGUAUGGCAGAAAUACUGUUGCAGCUAAGUCCAGACACAACACAGGGCACACAACAUCUACCACCCUGGAAGAAGGACACUGCAACAUAUAAAUACACAAACCUACCAAGAGCAAAAGAAGACUGCACAAAAGAAGAGCUAAGAGCUGCAGCCUAUGAGGCAAUCAGGAAUACUGAGAUCAUAGGGGCACAAACAUACUACAUCAAUGGCUCUGUAGAUCCUGAGAAUCAAACUACGGGAGCUGCAAUAUAUUCAAGAAAAUUCACAGCCUGCUGGAGGACCUUCAACCACUCCUUCACUAUGCAGACAGAAUUAAUGGCAAUAAGACAGGCAAUGCUAUACUUGCUAGAGAAUGAAGAAGGGCCUGUAAUCAUCCACACCGACUCAAAGUCCUCAAUGCAAGCCUUGCAACAACAGAAAAACAAAGAGAGCAAGGCACUGCUGGCUGGAAUUAAAACACCGCUGCAUCAGCACAGCGAAAGAGGAAGACCUGUCACCUUAAACUGGAUACCCAGUCACAUAGGAAUUCCAGGUAACGAGAGGGCCGAUGAGCUAGCCAAAAGCACAAAGUACAUAGACAGAGUGCAAAUACACAUACAACCUGCACUGCAACAAGGCAAGAAUGCAAUGAAACCACUCUGCAAAGAAAACCAGCCAAAAGACCAUCAUGAAUGGAUAGAAAAGAACUCACUGUCUGCCAGAUGGUAUAAGAGGUCGACCGACCUAGUGCCUCCUCCCAUAGACAGGCACACACCAAGAAAACUUGCUGUGAUCAUUCACAGACUCAGGCUAGGAUACAAAGCCUGCUUGGAAAUCGUGGAAAACAGUGUCAGACCAUGCGAGCACUGUGAAGGAGAUACACAGCAACCACUCCUUCACUACCUGCUGGAGUGCAGAGAAAUGGCACGGCUAAGAGGUGCAGCACAAAUAGAUCUAAAUUCACAAGAUGCUGAGCAUGCAGCUGCCACAGUCACAAAAACGAUCAUUGAGAACUUAUAA